AUGGCACUUGAGAUUUCCCCCACGGGUGUGGCAUAUUCAGCACCGGCAGAUGCCAUGUGCGCUGCUCUCUCGCCCUCGCCACCAGUGUCUGAUACGUCAUCUCCAGCUCGUUCUGUUACAGUUGACCUUUAUUUCGAUCUUAUAGACAGCAAGCUAGUUUUACCGAUUCCUAUCAAGCACUUUCCAUGCAUCCAGUCAUAUAGAACGGCGUUUAUAUCGCACUUCUCUUCUCAUCCCAACAUCUCGCAGGAUUCAGCCUUGUUAUGUUUGGCUUUCAUUGAGUUUCUUCUUGCCCAGCAAGGGCUUUCCAGGUAUUCACUAGCAGCUGUAUUGCGAGCUUUUGAGGCCGAAUUCUUGCACGGCGAUAACGAGAUACAUUGCCUCAUCGCGGAGUUGACUACGGUCGCUAGCGAACGGCAGAAGUGGUUAAGGAUCUAUUAUGAUGCUGUUGAGGCCAGUGGUGAUCUAACAUGUACAGCCUCGCGCAACCUUUCCAGGGGCAGCGCUUUAUUAGACCAUGUGCAGGCUAGUGGGUACCGCCUAAUGGCCGUAUUUGGUGGUCAAGGUGAGGCGAGUCGGACAUGUGUGCAGGAGUUGGCAGACCUAUACGCCGCAUAUAGGCCUCUGCUGGAGUCUUUCAUUCAGCAGACUGCUACUUUACUUUCUGAACUUUCUAGGCUUCCGGAUUCCUGGUUCAGUCGCCGUGGACAGUCACUGGACUUGAUGACGUGGAUCAGCGACGUAUCUCUUAUCCCAGAAUGUGAUUACAUAGCCCAGGCUCCAGUCAGUGUUCCUGUUAUCGGGCUGCUGAGCCUGGCACGAUAUACAGUGACCUGCCGGGUUCUGCACAUGGACCCAGGGCAGCUACGUGCGACUUUUUCUGCAACUACCGGGCACUCACAAGGUUUAUUGAUAUCUGCAGUCAUAUCCGUGUCUGACACCUGGGACACAUUCUAUACGAACUCUCAUCUUGCAGUUGAAGCUUUGUUUUGGCUUGGUUUGGAAUGUCACCAAAAUGCGCCCAAUGGUUAUUCUUGGGUCACCGCGUCCGCCCUUAAUGAAACAAGCAUCGCGCCAUCAUAUAUGCUUAAUGUGCGAGGUGUUUCUAGGGAGCAGCUAGGGUGUAUACUAGAUCGCUUGAAUGAGACGUUACCGCGAGAUGACAAUGUCCAACUAGCCUUGGUUAAUGGGCAUGACCAUUUUGUGGUGGCAGGGCCAAUUGCAUCCUUGGUGCAUAUGGAUAGUCAGCUCCAGAGCAUGAAAGGCCCCGACACUGAUACUAGUCGGGUUCCCUUUAGCAGCCGGAAGCCGGCUAUUCAACAUGGAUUUCUACCAAUCAGUGCCCCAUUUCAUACGGAAUACCUUGCGAAAGCUGUCACAGCCUUGAAGUCGCGGUUCCUAAGGCAAUACAUCGCGAAAGAGCAACUGAAAAUUCCCGUCUACCACACGUCCACUGGAGAGGAUUUGCGGAACGGUUAUGAGAAUAUACUGCAUGCCAUUUUCAAUGCCAUUGCUCGGGAGAAUUGCGAUUGGCCCGCAGCUUUAUCUGGAGAAGAAUGUAUGUCACCAUCGCACAUCAUCGUUUUUGAUCGCGGUGGACUUGGACCGAUGGUUCAACGAAUUGUGGAAGGGAAGGGCGUCCGCGUUAUUCAAGGUGGCGAUCUUGAGUCUCGUGACUCUGAUAUAGGUACCAUGCGAGAUCUAUUCUCUCCGCGCCUGCUCGACUCGUCUUUGAGGCCUCUUAGCUGGGCUCAACAGUUUCGACCGCGUCUGACCGCAGGAUCUGUACGGACGCGGAUUUCUAGCCUUUUGGGUACCCCUCCGGUGGUUGUAGCUGGUAUGACACCCACUACUGUUCACUGGGACUUUGUUUCUGCCAUAAUGAAUGCUGGAUAUCAUGCAGAACUUGCCGGAGGUGGCUACAGGGACAGCUCUGACAUGACUACCGCAAUCAAUGACCUUGUUGCUCAUAUCCCCGCCGGUCGCGGUAUCACCUGCAACAUUAUAUAUGCUAAGCCCCAAGCCAUGCGGUGGCAGAUUGCAUUUAUACGUCGACUGUCUCAUGAUCGCGUGCCUAUCGAUGGUAUAACAAUUGGAGCUGGUGUUCCCUCCUUGGAGAUAGCAUCGGAGUAUAUUCGGACUCUAGGGUUGCGCCAUAUCAGCUUCAAGCCAGGAUCGAUUUCAAGCAUUCGACGGGUGAUUGACAUUGCCAAAGCACAUCCCGACUUUCCAGUCAUACUGCAAUGGACAGGUGGACGUGGCGGAGGCCAUCACUCGUUCGAGGGCUUCCACGCUCCGAUACUCAGUACUUACGCGACUAUUCGACAGCAGCAUAAUAUGUAUCUAGUAGCUGGAAGUGGGUUUGGUGAUAGUGAAAGUAUAUACCCUUACAUAACUGGGCAAUGGUCACUACCAUUGGGUUAUCCGUGCAUGCCUUUUGAUGGUGUGCUACUGGGAAGUCGUUUGAUGGUAGCUCGAGAAGCGCAUACCUCAUCUUCUGUCAAGGACAUUAUCUUCAGGACACCUGGUGUUCCUGACUGCGACUGGGAGAAAACGUACUCUGGACCGGCUGGUGGAAUUAUCACGGUACAGUCAGAAAUGGGCGAGCCCAUCCACAAGAUUGCAACCAAAGGUGUGAUGUUAUGGGCAGAUAUGGAUCAAACUGUCUUCAGUCUGCCUCGGAAAGACCGCAUCGCAUACCUGGAAAAGCAUCGGACUUCGAUAAUACAGCGCUUGAAUGCUGAAUUUGCCAAGCCGUGGUUUGGCCGCAACAGUUUAGGUGACAUAGUGGACCUGGAUGACAUGACUCACACUGAAGUUUUGCGUCGUAUGGUGGAGUUGAUGUAUGUCAACCACCAGAAACGGUGGAUUGACCCAUCAUAUGUUGACUUUACCAUGGCCAUGGCCACUCGAGCAUUAGAGCGCCUAACUCGUGUUGCUACCCUCGACUCAGACCUCACACGAUUAGUUCUAUCCGACACUCCGAUGCAGUUCCUCGACGCCUUCACCGUCGCGUGUCCUAGUGCUUCCAACGAGAUCAUGAAUCCAGAGGAUGUUUCUUUCUUCUUGAUGAGGAGCAAAAUUCCAAACCAGAAGCCAGUCAACUUCAUACCUGCUUUGAAUGAUGACUUUGAGUUCUAUUUCAAGAAAGAUUCACUUUGGCAGGCAGAGGAUAUUGAUGCUGUUGUCGACCAGGAUGCUGAGCGAGUUUGCAUCCUACAGGGCCCGGUGGCAGCUCAAUACUCCGUUCGGCAGGACGAGUCGGCAAAAGAAAUUUUGGACAAUAUAAUGAGUGGCCUUGUUGAACGUAUGCAGCGUGAUGGAGGUACCGACACCUCUUCGCCUAGUCCAGGCAGCGGACUGGUCACGCCAGAGUCUUGGUCCUCAGUAUCGGGUGCCAAGGAGAUUGCUAUGGACGAGCUCGCCCUCUCAUCCACAGCUUCGGAGACUACGGAUGACCGUUCCCUUUCAGUGAGUGCCGUCAUUGCAAAGGGCGGGAACUUGCCGCCGUGGCUACGGGCCUUUUUCGAGGACAAUCUCAUCUUUCGAAAUCGACGUCGCCAAGAGAAUCCAUUUCAGCAGUUCAUCGCAUCGUACCCGGACACAAAGGUUCAAUACAAUGCUGAGCAUUCAGAGGCAUGUGUGACUGUUCAGGAUGCGUGCGGAGCUACUUCUCUCAUGAAAGUGUCGUGUCUCGAUGGCCUCGAGAUUAGAGUAGAUCUCUACCCUCCUCAAGUCUCUGAUCCACUCCAGUUGGUGUACAUGUAUGAUCCCAAAGGCAUCCCGUUCUCGCUUACUGAGAUCACCUCGAAGCGCAAUGCACGUGCGAGGUCUUUUUAUAGCAGUCUUUGGAUGCAGAAGGCCGACACUGGCAUUCAGGAGACUUACCACGGUCGGGAAAGGAUCCUCACACGCGAACUGCUGGAUGAUUUGAUUGCCGCGGUGGGUCCGGCAUUUCCGGAUUCCCGGCUCAUCAAAACAAACUCGGAUAUCCUGCCAAUCAGCGCUGGGAUAGUCAUUGCGUGGGACGUUAUCACCAAACCUUUGGUAACUGGAGAGAUCGGUGGUAAUUUGCUAUUUCUGGUUCACCGUUCUAAUAUAUUCGAUUACUGUGCCAGUGCAGAUACAUUACGUGUUGGCGAUGGUGUCAGCUGUCGGUCGCGGGUGCAAGCUGUGUAUGUGGAGGAUGCAGGCAAGGUGGUUGUUAUUGAAGCCCAAAUUAUCCGAUCGGGAAAAGCGGUCAUGAAGAUCACAUCUACGUUUCUGUAUCGAGGUUCAUUCCGCUCGGAGUCGACAUUCAGACGGGAACAAACACAAUGGGCACUCCAUAUCAGGUCAGCUCUGGAAGAAACGGUCCUGCGGCGUCGCCCGUGGUUUCAGCUGCACGAUACUGCCACAAAUCUUGUAGGCAGAGAUCUUGUCUUCCGUAUAGAGACUCAUGAAGUGGACAAGGAGAGUGGUUUCAAGAGCCUUCGUGUGACCGGAACCGCUUGCUUGGAUGAUGGUGGUGUUCCUGGUCAGGAGGUCGGAUUUGUUGACUUCGAAUGCGCUCAGUGUGUUGCAAAUCCAGUGCUGCAAUUUCUAGAGCGCAGAGGGGGUCCAGUGAGCAAGCAGGCGAUGCUAGACAAGCCAGGGUGGAUUGGUCCCUCAUCUAUCGAUAUCCAAAUGCCAGUCAGUAAUCAAGCAUACGCUGAGAUAUCCACGGAUUACAACCCGAUACAUGUGUCGACCAUUUUUGCCUCCCUGGCAAAUCUCCCGGGCACAAUAUGUCACGGAAUGAGUACCUCGGCAGUUGCGGUAGCGGCAUUGGAGCACCUAGCUCUCGGGGGUGAUCGUUCGCGUCUUCGACAGUUUGCAGCGAAGUUUACCGGAAUGGUUAUGCCACUGGAAAAGCUGGUCGUUCAUAUACAACAUACUGGAAUGAUCGAUGGGCGCAUGCGAUUGACAGUUGAAGUUGUCCGGAAAGAUAGCCAAGAAAAAGUGUUGGAAGCAGAAGCCGUGAUUGACCAGCCUGCAACCGCUUAUCUCUUCACUGGUCAAGGCAGCCAGAGCAAGGGCAUGGGCAUGGAUCUGUACCAGUCAAGUCCGGUGGCCAAAGCUUUGUGGGAUGAGAUUGAUGCGCAAUUGUUUGCGUCGUAUGGCUGGUCUGUUUUGGACAUUGUCAAGAACAAUCCAAAGUCGGUUACCGUCCACUUCGGAGGCAAGCGGGGCCGCCAAAUCCGACAGAAUUAUCUCGCCAUCACUACAGAGACAGUGCUCGCCGAUGGAUCCCGUGUGGAGACCCCUGUUCUGCAGGGGCUCAGUCCAUGUUCGACCUCUUACACAUUCACUGAUUCACGGGGACUGUUAUACUCUACCCAGUUCGCCCAACCGGCGAUUUUGCUAUUUGAGGCAGCGGCAGUAGCCGACCUCCGAAGCAGGGGCUACAUAUCACCAGAUGCAAUGUAUGCGGGUCAUUCGUUGGGAGAAUUCGGGGCGUUGUCUGCUCUGUCCAAUUCAAUUCCCAUGGGAGCUUUGGCAGAGUUGGCGUUUUACCGGGGACUCAUGAUGCAGGCAUCUGUGGCAGGGGACAACGGGAAUGCGUACGGAAUGGUGGCGGUCAAUCCUAAGCGUGUGUUACGAUUCUUUGAUGAAGCAGGUUUGAGUAGGCUGGUGCAAAGGAUCGGUCUGGCUAGUGAGGAGCUUCUCGAGGUAGUCAACUAUAAUAUUGACGGUGAGCAAUACGUGUGUUCAGGGACGGUGACCAAUCUUUGUGUGCUUGGGCGGAUGCUGGACUACAUCUCUCAGUCCGAUGGAUUGGAGUUAAACCAUGACAGUAUAAUCAAUCGGCUACUCUCUAAGGCAAGAGAAUUAUCGCCACCGAUACAGCUUCGACGAGGGCAAGCCACGAUUCCAUUAGAAGGUAUCGACGUGCCCUUCCACUCGAGUCACCUGCGGUCAACUGUGGAUCGGUUCCGACAGUGCUUGCUCCGACCGGGGUUUCUGGAGGGAAACGUGGAUCUGGAAGCACUGCGACGGUACAUACCGAAUGUAAUGGCUCGACCAUUUUCAGUGGAUGAGGAGUACAUUCGGGAAGCAUACGAGAGGACACACAGUCCCGUCCUAGAAGAGAUGUUAAGAAAGGGUGUGUAAAUAGAUACCCUAGAAUUCCAUCACUGCGUACACUGGCUAGUUCCACAAACACCAACGAU